AGGUACUUUUCAGAAGAGACGCGGAAGUAAACUGAUAACUACUUAACUGAGACAUGGUGCAAAUACAUCUAUACUUCGAUUAAGCGCUACUUUUUGACGGUAAAGGAUGCAAAUUCUAUGGCUUUAUGUAUGCUAUGUACUAUUAAGGCUUGAAGCUGUAAGCUCCAGCAGUACAUGGCAGUGGCAAUUCGAUAGAUCCGUAUGCCUCAACGAUGGCGACAACGCUACAAUGACGUGGAAUGUGACUCUGGAGUCAGGCCAGAGUUUGUCAGGAAUUGAGAUCUGGGAGCAGUCUACAGCGCCUGGAGCAACACCGUCCAAGAUGUAUACUUAUCUUGUUGGACCUGAACCAGCCUACAGUGACCGAGUGAUGUCCAUAUCGCUCACGGAUUCAAGCCCUCUCUACCAUAUUGUGUUUACGCUGGCGAAUGUUAGCAACAAUAAAGAUGGAUUCGGCACUAAAAGCCUACAGUGUAGAGUUGCAGCAGGAAGUUUGCCAACCAUUACAGGAAAUCCCCCGUUAGACACCGUGUUUAACGUGCAAGUCCCACCCAGCAGCGUUGUCAUUUCUCCACCGAGUCCUUCCGUGACCGAGCGUGACCAAGUGAACCUGACGUGUUCAGCUGAUGGUACUCCUCCACCAACCUUCACAUGGAUCAGCCCUAAGGGGCGCACCGUAGCACACGGACCGUCCUACAUCAUUCCCAUGGUGCACCGCGACCUGUCAGGGGUCUACACGUGCGUGGCUACUGACGGAUGUGGACGGAACCACACCAGGGAUGCAACACUCGCAGUGAGAUAUAAGCCAGAGAACGCUACAAUGUUAGCAAAUGCAUCUUCCGUAUGUGUUGGUGGCAUGGUCUUGUUAAACUGCUCAGCGGUGGGUAAACCAGACAACAUAACCUACACUCUCUAUCGCAAUGGUACAGAGUUUGCCUCACAGAUGCACGGACUGUUCGUCCUUCGUCUUAACCCUCCUGGCGUGACCAUCCUCACGUGUGUUCCCAGUAACAAGGCGGGAGAUGGGCACAACAAUAGCGUCACCGUCACAGUCAAAGCUGGAUGGACUAGGGGUCCCAUGCAGCGGAUAACAAUGGGGUCAAAAGCUACACUUACAAGAUGCCCGGCCUUGGUUUAUAAAUUAAUAAUCAACCUUUUUCUCGCGCUGUCUGCAAUUCUUAUAGCACCUCCGCGCAUCACGAGUCUGACCCCGUCACAAACUGUUGUGGAGGGAAACAGUUUUACCAUGCAGUGCGCCGCAUCUGGUACAGCACCCUUGAACAAAGCAAUACACAAACCAAACGGGUCGGUACUGACCAGCUCCGGGAUCUACACGUUCAGUCCUAUCACGAGAAGAGAUGGGGGGACCUACACAUGCACCUUGAACAACGGCAACGAGUGUACGGCUGAUUCACAGACGACGACAAUUAUUGUCAUUUACAAACCUGAAAACACACGUAUCUCCCCACUAGCGAGCUCAUACUGCAGUAGCUCCACUAUUUCUUUCAACUGUUCGGCGACAGGGCAUCCGCGGGUCAUCCAGUACUCGCUGUAUCUUAACAACCGUCAUUUGUCAAGUAGAAUGGAUGGAGUCUUUAAAGACAUUUUACUUGACACCCUGGGCGAGCAGCUGUUUACUUGUAUCCCAAGCAACACUGCUGGAGUUGGACAAAAUACCACUGCUAGAACAAUUGUGCAAGAAUUCCGCUCGUCUGUGUCCAUUGCGCCUGCGCGUACCAUCACAACAAGCGAGGGGUCGUACGUGCAGAUGACGUGCAGCGCUAGUGCUGUUGAUCCGUCAAGUAUCAACUGGGUCAAAGAUGGCGUCCUUCAAGGGAAGGGACCAACACUCACGUUCCCCUCGAUAAGCAGAGAUCAAGGGGGAGUUUAUAACUGUACUGUGAUUGACGGCUGUGGCUCAGCAUCAACGGACAUAGCGGUUUAUUAUGUCGACAUGGAGAGGUAUCCACUCAAGUGCAUAAAGUCACCAGCUGUCAGUAUCACCAUAGAAACAAACAAGACCCCUCCCCCUGCCAUGGAAUGUGUGACAAGCAGCAAAAAGUUACAAUCACAUUUGACCAGCAGGACUGGAAGAAAAGUCACUUACGAAGUUGAAUUGACAAGUGUAGACGAAGCUGAGGUGACAUGUCACGCGGAAGGUUUCCCUGGAUCUCGGCAUACAUUCACUGUGGUUGCAGCGACCUCGGAGCAGACAAGAAAUGGAAGUUUCCGGCUUACAAACGCCAAAUACCCACCAAACGAUCAAAUGAAAACGAGCCUCGAAAAACUGGUACAAGAAAGCGUCGAUGCCACUUGUAUGACUAAGGUCUUCUUGAGCUAUGGGCCGGGUAGUCUUAUCGUGUACGUAACCCUAACAACGCCAGCAAACGUCUCAGAUCCCUUUGUACCGCUCAAGAAUGCCCUUCUACAAAAUGCGCCAAGAUACAACUUAACGAUUGAACCGUCAAGUGUCAAAUUGCAGCAAGUGAAUACUCAACAGUUGCCAAAGUUUGAUGACGUUAGGCCUACCAAUCAAAGAAUCAAAGUCACGUGGUCAAAGCCCUAUAGUAAUGCGCAGUGCACGAUGCGCGCUAGACCUCUAGCUGGAGCGUCAAGUGAUUGGGUGACGUCCUCAGGUUUCAGUAGUUCAGCCUCGCUGUCGUGCGUGUUGGAUGAUCUUGAGUCUGACACUCUGUACGAGGUGGAGGUCACUGUGUCAGUGCAGGGAGACACGAGGCGUGACACGGUCUACAUCAGGACCACCCCCACAGCUGUCGAGGUAAAUGAUCAGAACUCCACCAUUGUUGGUCUCGCUGUGCUGGUCGCCAUCUUGUUCUUGGUUAUCUUUGGUCUGAUUGUCUACAUCGUGGUGCUGAAGAGGGCAGGUCUUACAACAAAGAAAAGAAGACCUGAAGCUGAUAACCCAGGCUACUCUGGAUUUCAGAAUGUGGCAAUGCAAGAAAAUGCGAACCAAGACCGAAACACAAUCCAAGAGAUGGGAGACUAUGAGGUCGCCCCAUCGGAUAAUAGGGGACCCAUCCCUGACCCCAUUCCACAAUACGAACCAGUGAACAAUACACAAGCACGACCAUCCAACCGUAUUAACGUCACGCAAUACGAGGAUGUAGCGCAAGGGAGCAAUGUCACGCAGUAUGAAGCUAUAAACAACAACCCGUCACGCGAUCAGCACGUGCCAGCCAAUCGCCAGUACGAAAGCGUCGAUAGCACUAGAAUGAGUAGACAGAACCCCCCCGCGAGGAGAGCAAGAAACGACACAUGUGAUCAAAGCGAGCCAGGUUACGAGAGCACAAGAAAACGAGGCUUACCACAUGAAGUGUACCAGUCCCUACAGGCGACGACACAACACAGCGAGAAUGCGCAGUAUGCCCCACUGCAUCCUGGGACACGCAUUGCGGCCAGGCCUGGUGGUAGGGACGAGAGGGGAGUAGGCUUAGACAUAAGAGGGAGUGAGUACCAGGAGUUGAACAGAGCUAAAACCACAGAUCCAUGUUAUCAGCGGGUAGGCAGUAGAGUCUCUAGCGCAUAA